UUAAAUAUAUAAAUAGUCAGCUUCCUUGCCUGUUUUUGUAAGAGGCAGAGAGGAAAUCCAAGAACCGGGUCAAGAGUUUGAUCUGAAUCCGAAUAAUGGAGGAUAAUACGGGUUGUUUGAGUCCUAAAGAGCCAUUGUUGAAUGGUAACGAGAGGUGGAAAAAUGAUGGAUUUAGUCGAGUUAAUUCGUACAACUCCCUCAGGACAGAUUUUUUAUCAAGAUUGCCUCAUAAGGUUCGCUCUGGUCUUGAUGUUGAGUCUUCUUUUCAUGUUGAUAUCUCUAAAACCAAAGGGCUUAGCCAAGAGGAAAAGGAGUACUAUGAAAGACAAUUCGCUACCUUGAAAUCAUUCGAGGAAGUUGAUACUUUGAUGGAAACUACAAUGGAUGAAGAAGACGACGAAGAACAAGUGGAAGCCGAAAAGGCUAUGAAGAUCUCUAACUAUGCUAACGUUUUGCUUCUGGUGUUUAAGAUUUAUGCAACAAUAAGGACUGGAUCAAUAGCCAUUGCUGCCUCGACAUUAGAUUCUUUGCUUGACCUCUUGGCUGGUGGGAUACUUUGGUUUACUCAUAUAUCGAUGAAAAACAUAAAUAUCUACAAGUAUCCUAUUGGAAAAUUAAGGGUGCAGCCAGUGGGGAUAAUCAUCUUUGCUGCUGUCAUGGCUACACUUGGUUUUCAGAUAUUGAUCCAAGCUCUUGAAGAACUUAUUGUAAAUGAAUCACGUCCAAAGAUGUCCUCAAAUCAACUCUUAUGGCUUUACAUUAUCAUGAUAACUGCUACUGUGGUGAAACUUGCACUUUGGAUUUACUGUAGAAGCUCAGGAAACAGUAUUGUUCGUGCCUAUGCAAAGGAUCACUAUUUUGACGUGGUGACAAAUGUGGUAGGAUUAGUUGCAGCUGUUCUUGGGGAUAAAUAUUACUGGUGGAUUGACCCUACUGGUGCUAUUCUUCUUGCACUAUACACAAUUACAAAUUGGUCUGGGACUGUUAUUGAAAAUGCAGUUUCUCUUGUUGGGCAAACAGCAUCUCCCGAAGUCUUGCAGAAAUUGACGUAUCUUGUCACAAGGCACCCUCAGGUCAAGCGUGUAGACACAGUCCGUGCUUAUACAUUUGGUGCUCUUUAUUUUGUAGAGGUUGACAUUGAACUUCCAGAAGAGCUGCCUCUAAAGGAAGCGCACACCAUUGGAGAGACAUUGCAGAACAAGAUUGAGAAACUCCCAGAAGUUGAGCGGGCAUUCGUUCAUCUUGAUUUUGAAUGUGAACACAAACCAGAGCACUCUGUUCUCAGCAGGUUACCCAACAGUUAGCAUUGGUCUAUAUAUAGAUAGAUAACAUCAUGUGCAAAUGCGCAGUCAGAGUUGCCGUUGGUUGCAUUUGUUUCGUGAAAGGUUACAAACUUGGUUUCAUUUUUUUCCCUGUCAUGGUGAAUCAGUUUAUCCAGUUAAGGAAUUGAACGAAGUCUAUACAACAAGGGAACCCUACUUUUGUAUAAUGAGGAACUUGUAGCGUUUUAAACAGGGCAGACAGCUAGUUUGAUCCACAAAAGUUAAGUUGUUGUUAUACAUGUUUGGUUGACAUGCUUUGGCUGA